AUGGUUUUGUUAGUUCUCGCCAUCGCUGUCCCAUUACUGCUGAUCCGCACCUCUAAAACCACCGCUCAUUACUAUGAGAUGAUGGGCACCUGCCGGAUGGUUUGCGACCCGUACAGUCCCAAACCGGGAGGCGCCACGGCCAUGGAAGUGAUCCAGAACCUGAACGGGGCAGCUCCGCUGCCGCCGAUGGCGCAAGGGAGCCGCGGGGAGCCAGGGCGACCGGGUAAACCUGGACCCAGGGGCCCGCCGGGCGAACCGGGACCCCCUGGUCCCAGGGGCCCACCGGGAGAGCGCGGCGACGUAAAACUAUCCUUCCCUGCGCUGACCGGAGGUGCGGGGGGUGACAACGGCGAGACAGAGGUAGCCAACGCCACUGCAAGCGGUUUCAGGAUCGCUUUCUACGUCGGUCUGAAAAAUCCGCACGAAGGAUAUGAGGUGUUAAAGUUUGACGACGUGAUUACAAACUUAGGGAACCACUACGAUCCGAGCACCGGGAAGUUCACCUGCCAUGUGUCCGGGAUCUAUUUCUUCACUUAUCAUGUGCUGAUGCGAGGAGGAGACGGGACGAGCAUGUGGGCCGACCUGUGCAAGAACGGGCAGGUUCGAGCCAGUGCCAUAGCUCAGGAUGCAGACCAGAACUAUGACUACGCCAGCAACAGUGCUGUACUGCAUUUGGACUCUGGAGAUGAGGUCUACGUCAAGCUCGACGGCGGCAAAGCUCAUGGAGGAAAUAACAACAAAUACAGCACCUUCUCUGGCUUUAUCUUAUACCCCGACUAAUCACGCUGCAGCACAUCCUUGGACAGUCACUGAAUAUAGUUUACAGUAAAGAAUAUGAUCAACUUGGUUUCUGUUCUUUUGAAUAGGUGCAACAUUAGUGGCUUUAUCUGCAACCUGUUGUUCUGUUACUUCAGUCAAAGAUCCUUUUUGUAUAUUUAUUUGAACUUAAGUUCACCUGGAGGUUGCUGUCAUUAGUGCGUGUGUGAUACCUUAGUGUGAAGAAACAAAUGCUCCAGAUAAUUUAGAGCAUCCCUGGGAGAAAAUAUUACCUGAGCUCCUUUCUGAAAUGCUAUGGAGGCAACAGGUCUGAAGACGUAAAGCUAACAACUGGAUGCUUACAGGCUGAGAGGGUCUUCUGAAGCCACAUGUGUGUUAAAAGUAUGCAGUAUUUCGAAGACAAUAUGAAGAAAUCAAGAUGCAAACUGAAUGUCAGAUAAGCAGUUUUCAGAGUAUAAAUUAGCCAGUAAUGUUUGCCCUUGUGGCUGUCAAUAGCAGCAGUGAAAACAUUCAUGGCAAAAUCAAUCCAUUCAGUGAGUUCUGACCUUUCAGGGAGCUGGAGGGGGAAAAGAAGGAAGCUGUUGUCGUUUUAUUGUACUGUCCAGCUUUAUUUAACUUCCUCUAAUAGAUUAUGAGCAAAACUCAAAAAUCAUAGUUUGUGGAAAGUUAAAGGGGAUAUCUCAUGUUAAUUUCCAGUUCCAUAUUUUAGUCUUGCAUUCAAGUAGAGUAGAUUUGCAUGAGUCACAGUUAAAAGCAAUUCUUAUUUAUUAAAUAUUGGGCCUUAAUGCAGCCUCUCAGUUCAUCCUCUGUUUGAAAAAACUCACUUUACCUACUUUCCAACUCCCCUUAAGACACCUUUCUUCUGGUUUGUGUGCCUGUGAUGGUCAUAUUAGGAACAUCCUUUCUGUAGGAUAUCAUACCAAUCCAAGAAUAGAGCAAACUGGCAGAAAUAAAGCAUUUAGAGCAAUCUGAAGUCCAAAGUCUAAAUUUUGGCUAACUUGAACAAGUUUUGCACACUUACAACAAAAAAGUUAUUUUAUUGACUGAGCUUUCCCACUAGCUAGCUAGCUAUCAGUUAGCACGCUCAGAAGUUUCUAAAUAUACUUUCCCCAAAUUCAUUAAAAUUCUUUGUUGAAUAAAAUUAUGCAUAACCACAAGGGAAUAUUACGUCCAUAAAAGGCAAAGAGCCCAGAUAAAAUAUAAUAUAUAUGCUAACACAUCCCUGGCUAGCUAGCAUAACUGUAGCUAGCCCACCAGAUAAAACAGUUUACCCAUACUUCUGUUCAUGUAGGUCUAAGGGCUUGUGAGUAGUUUCGACAAGUU